AGUAAAUGAAUGGAAAAAUUAUCAUAAUGAACUAACAUAAUAUAAGUGAUGUUGAUCUAGUAGUAAUCAUUCCGGUAUCAAAAGUUAAUCGAACCUGUGAGUGCGGUUUGCAGUUUCCUACACUAGUCUAAAACAAGGGCGUCAAAAGCACCGUCUAGGCAUGAAUACACUGAAAGCACCGUCGCUCCCGUCACUGCUGGACUCGGAACAUGGUUCCAAUGAUAGCAUGCUGGCUGAGUCACUGCAACUCGAUAUAGAAGAGCUGGACGACGAGGAAUAUGCAAUACCGGCCGUGGAUACGAUACCGACGCUAGAAAGUGUGCUGAGCGAGAUCGAUAGUGAUUUGGAUAGCGUUUCAGCGCUUGGAAUACAUCAAUCAAAUGGGAAUGGUUCCGGGACACACACCUCGUUGGCGGACGAUUGCAGUGCAACUACGCCGAGCCCGUCGUUGGACGAUCAUCUGCGACUGGAAUCGAUUCUCCGGCACGUCGUGCUGCAGGGCGUCACGGCGCAGUUGACCUCGGCCGUCGAUCGCGUCGACGCCGGGCUGGCCACGUCCUGUGCGGUCUCGAUGAUGAUCGCUGUCGGUACCUCGCACGGGCACAUUCUGGCGUUCGAUUGUACCCAAACGUUGAAAUGGUGUUGCCAGGAAGGGGUUUUGCAAGGGGCGGUCGCAGCGAUGGCCUUUAAUGAGGAUAAUUCGCGGCUGCUCGCGGGCUUCGCUCGUGGCGGUAUUCUUAUGAUUGACACGCAAACGGGUGACGUUAUACGAACACUGACGGACGUCAUCACCCCGAACACGGGCGUGCUGCACCUCAAAUGGACCAACAAACCCGCGUUGGCACUGUGCGCCGAUUCGGGCGGUUCGGUAUGGAGCCUUAACUUCACCCGCCGUCUCGGCAUCCGAGGUUGCGAUGCUCGGUGUUUGUUUAGUGGUGCGCGCGGUGAAGUGUGCACGGUGGAACCGUUGCUGUUCGGCGAGGAGGAGCAUCCACUGAAAACGUACACCCUGGUAGCGCUGGCAACGUUGAGCAAGUUUUUCGUCGUGCUCAUACGACCCCGGUUAAAGGUGAUAAAGUUUCAUCCAAUGGUUAGUUAUCCCGACUGUUUGCCGCUGCUUGCCUGGCAAAUGGUGCUCAUACAGGCGGCGGACUCCAGGCGCACCAUCGAUCCAGUACUGGCCGCAGCACGUGGCAGCGACCUAUUCUUCUAUCAACUGACUAACAACAGCGGACGCAUAUCGCUGCUCUUUCUACGUCACAUUCAGCUGUCGUACAACUUGCUCGCUGUGCAUUGGCUUGGACCCAAAACGAUCGCAUGUCUGGACACGAAGGAGAUUUUGCAUCUCUCCGAUGUACGCACCAGCCGCCAACUCGAACAGAUCGAUCUUUCCAACGUGGGCCUCAUGUACAACUCGGCGCAGUUCAAGGGGCUCGCCACGGGCGGUAAUGUGUCGCCUGCGCUGGCCCUCGCCGGUGCCGCUGCCUGCUACAGCACGGUCGUGUCGCAAGGCAACCGCUUGUACUUCCUCGGGGGCAAAAGCCUCCAUGCCAUCAGUGCCCGAGCGUGGAGCGAUCGAAUAUCGUACCUUGCGUCCAUGCAGCGCUGGGACGAAGCGAUCGAUCUGGCAAUCGAGGGCUACCGGGCAGCGGGUGGUCGCCACCGGCGACUGGCGUCCGCUAAAGAGCGCAUCCUUCGAAUGUACGAGGAGUACUUGAGUGCGACCAAAAAGCAGCCGGAGCUUUGCUUGGAGCAAAUUAUAGCCUGUCUGAUUGAGAUCAAUGAAAAGCAACUCCUUUGGGAAGAUUUGUACGAUCGUCUUCCUUCGCCCGACCACUACCUGCUCAUCAUAGCAAAUCACAUCGAGCGGGAGCAUUUAGACUACAUUGCCCCGAGCGUGGCGCAAGUGCUUUGCGACUACUUUUGGAAGAAAGGGGACACGGUGCGGCUGGAAGAACUGAUUCUAAAGCUAAACUGGCAGUGCCUGGACCUGCACCAGGUGCUAACGAUUUGUCGCAAGGAGAAACUUUACCGUGCCCAGAUGUAUCUGAACGCGAAAGCGCUCGGUGAUUACACGAUCUCGCUGACCGAUCUGAUCCCGCAAAUCGAACCCGCCGGGGGCAAUCUGCAUCUCGGCAACUGCAUUCUGGUGUACAUUUCCAGCUGCCUCGCCGGUCGCGGCUAUCCUACAGGCGAUAUCGCACCGGAAACCAUUCCUACCGUGAAGCACGAGGUGUUGCGGUGUCUCACGGUGAUCCACUCGAAGAACGCGCCGGAAGAUGAGCUGCCCUAUCCGUACCUACGCAAGCUACUCGAGUUUGAUACGCGCGAAACGUUGAACGUUAUUUCGCUCGCUUUCCAGGAGCGGGAGUUUAACGGCGAGCUGGGCCUUUCGCAGCGCCAGCGUAUUAUCAACAUUCUAGUGAACGUGGUCACGCCCGAUCGGGCCACCUGGUCGCAGGUUGGUGCACUGCUGAACUUCAUUGCGCAGCAGAUUGCGUCCCGCGAGCUUCCCGAAAGCGACCUGCUGCUGGACAAGGUGGUGGCGUACCUAACGAUGCCGCCGGACGUUCCCCUCACCCGGCGGGAACAUUUCGAACGCGAGCAAACCUGGCUGGAGCUGUUGCGCUCCAACUGUCUCGAGCACAUUCCCACCGAGCAGUUGCUGGAGAUAGCGCGCCAAAACAAGUGCUACCACGUGGCCGAGUAUCUGCUGGAGCGUUUGGAACGAUUUGAAGACAUUUUCGAAUGCUACCUGCUGGACGAGUACCGGCAUUUACAGCUGUUUUCCUACGUAUCACACCAUGCAACGGACCCGAAGCGACAGAUUUACCCGCUGGUAGUCAAGCAUCUCUGCCAGCUAGUCGAUAUUAACUGCGAGCAGGCGGCACGCGUGCUGGUGGAUAAUUUUAUGAAGUUUUUAAGCAACUUUUUGAAAAUACUCGAUCACGCCGCGGUCCCGGAGAGGCUGUUUAACUUUCUCGGUGCCCUGAUCCGCCUGUCCGUGCAGCUGGAAACGACGGACCUUGAGCGCUACCUGGAACUCCUGUGCCAGUAUCGACCGGAGGAGGUGACAGAGUUUCUCAAAUCGAACGAUUCCUACCGGUUAGAUAACGCGGUGCGUACGAUCAAACGGUUCGAGCUGAGCGCGCCGCUUAUUUUUCUCUACGAAAAGCAAGGCGACUAUCAAUCAGCGUACGCCGUGGCGGUGAAGAACCUGGAGGAGGCACCGGAAAGUUCCGCCGAAAUGUGCGCCCUGCUCGUAACUGCCCUGUGCAUACGGGCUUCGGCCAUCCUGACCGAGAGCGAUCGGGAGCAGCUGUGGUUUUCGCUGCUCAACAUCGUGCUCGCACGCAACGACCUCACGGCGAUCACCAAAAAUGUUCUGCACUCCGCGAGCGAGUUCCUGGACCUAUCCAAGCUGGUGCAGCUGGUGUUGAAUUCAGGCACGAAAACGGGCAACUUCGGUGACAUCAAGCACCUGCUGAUCGGCAUGUUGUCGAACUCCGCCUACGAGUCGCUGCUGAUUCAAACGACCUCGCGCAUCCUGGGCGAAGAUUUGCACAGCAUUUUGGCCCGAGAGCGAAAGCUGGCAAUGCGCGGGUUGGCGGUGAAAUCGAUCAAGUGCAUCGUGUGCCGCGUGCGCUUGUGUAACGCCGACAAGGAACCGAUCAUUGUGAUGGGCGACUGCGGGCAUGCCAUGCAUCGGCAGUGUGCGUUCAGCUUCUGCACCCUACCGCUCGAUAAAGGCGCUCCGGACGCGCAGAGCCAGACAAGCGAGACAAGCUCGGUGAGGAAGUUGAAAUGUCCUCGGUGUGACGCGGUCAUCAUCGAAUCGGGCUCGGUUAAAAUGCCCGAAUGUUACGUGGAGCGAAGUAACGCCCUGACACGGGACGAUCAAAGCAGUGAAAGUAAUAGCAGUACUUUGAAGCUAAGCGCACCGCCACGUGUCAGCUAGUCGUAACCGCCGCGUUCCACUCGGUGUGUGGGUGUGUAGUCCUUUCGCUCUUUAGCCAUUAUUAAACGCAAAAUCACGAUAUCAAUCUAGGCUUAGGAAAUAAUUAUAUGUAAAAUUGAACAGCGUUGAUAAAUAAAAUCCAAUCUGGUGCAAUACAUAUUAUCCCAUGGAAACCCGCCCAAA